AUGAACGCGGUAUCCCUAAACAAAACAGGAAAAAUCCCUGAGUAUGGACAACGAAUACCACAAAAUGGUGCAUGGUGUGGUCAGGUGUCUAGUCUGAGGUGUUCACUAUGGUGGAUUCGUCGACUAGCGAAAUUAUAUGAUGGCAAAUUAUCGGCACUUUCUUUCGCAUGUAGAAGUUCAAUAGCUGAUCUCACAGAAGUUGAGAACCUGAGUGGUCUUCUCUCAUUAUUUAUGCCGGAAGCUAUAAUACUAAACAAAACUCUGGUCCCUCUUGGAUCUUGUCCUACCCUAGAACAUCUUUGGUUACACUCAUGUCGUGGUUUUACAAGGGUUGAGCCAUUAUCUCAGUUACAAUCACUUAAGACCCUUAAUUUAUCCAAUACUGGAGUAACAGAUGAUGGUCUUAGUGCACUUACUGCUUGUCGUUCUCUGGAAGACUUAGAUCUUUCCGGUUGCGGUUUUAUAUGUGCCCUCCCAUUCUUAAAAGACAUGAACCGUCUUCGCGUAUUAAAGAUACGGGACUCUGGAGCUACAGAUCGUGCAAUGGCUGUUAUUGGUACAGUCUCUGAACUAUUGCAAUUAGACAUUUCUGGGUGUAUACUCGUGACCUCUUUAAAUCCCUUACGUAAACUGAAAAAACUUGAAUGGCUCAAUGCUACUUGGUGUGGUCUGUGUGAUAAAGGUAUAGAAGAAAUCUCACACUGCGAGGCCCUUGAGUUUUUGAGCAUGGCACGUUGCUGGGAUAUCCGUAAUGUAAAUAUUUUGGGUUUCCUACACAAUCUUCGUAUACUUGAUCUUCAUGGAACAAAUGUGGAUGAUGAAGGUAUUGCCGGUCUUUCACGAUGUGAGUCAUUGACUAUUCUUUGUCUUAGCGGAUGUUUCUCCGUACGUUCUGUAAGUAUUCUUGCAAAAAUACCAGCUUUAAAGGAGAUUGAUGUUUCUUAUACCGCUGUAACGGAUGAAGGUAUCUCAUCAUUUCCGAAUUGGGUGUGCAUUACAAGGAAGCCUCUCCGUAUUCUCUCACGCAACCCCUCCGUGAUGUUUGUCGAGUCUAGACGACAUUCUUGUCAUCGAUAA